AAUAUCUUAUACUCCCUUGAGAUGAUAGAUGACUUCAUCGUUUCAUUAUCUAUGAUCUCUUAGACGGUUUGAUUUUUGUGUUGACCUUUCUUUCUCUUGUUUAUUUCGGACAUACCAAACUUUAAUGUUGUAUUUGUAUUAUCCACCAAGAACGCUGCUUUGUGAGACAUUUCCUUCCUCUUUCUUUGGAUUGUCGUACGUGAUGGGACUCAUUCGAACCUCAAAACAUAGCACCACCUCCUCUCUUCUACCCAAAUCCAAAUCAUCAUUUUCAACUCCCACUCAUUCUUCCUCUCAAACCAUGAAAACUACAAUUAAGAUUUAUGGCGUAUCUCUUUCGCUCAUUCUCAUCAACCUAGCUGCUAUUAUGGAGCGAGCCGACGAGAAUCUUCUUCCGUCUGUCUACAAAGAAGUUAGCGAAGCAUUCAAUGCAGGACCGUCUGAUUUAGGAUACCUCACGUUCAUACGGAACUUUGUUCAAGGACUGUCAUCGCCUCUAGCUGGUAUACUUGUUAUUAACUAUGAUAGACCAACAAUUCUUGCUAUGGGAACUUUCUGUUGGGCUUUAUCAACUGCUGCUGUGGGUGCUUGUCACGAUUUUAUGCAGGUUGCGUUUUGGAGAGCGAUAAACGGAUUUGGUUUGGCCAUUGUGAUUCCUGCGUUGCAGUCUUUUAUUGCAGAUAGCUAUAGGGAAGGAGUGAGAGGAGCUGGAUUUGGAUUGCUAAGCCUUAUUGGUAAUGUAGGGGGGAUUGGAGGUGGUGUUAUGGCUACUGUCAUGGCUGGUCAGACGUUUUGGGGAAUACAAGGAUGGAGAUGUGCCUUUGUUUUGAUGGCGAGUUUGAGCGCAUUGAUUGGAACCCUUGUUUUGCUAUACGUGGAUGAUCCGAAAAAAAGACUUUCCCCCACUCAAGAUGCUAGUGAUAGUUCAGAAAGGGGUGAUUCUAUCUAUAAUGGCAAUGCUAGUGUGACAUCAGUUUGGAGGCACUCUUGGGCAGCCACUAAAUCUGUGAUCAAAGUUCAAACAUUUCAAAUAAUUGUCUUACAAGGCAUCAUUGGGUCACUACCAUGGACUGCCAUGGUGUUCUUCACAAUGUGGUUCGAACUAAUCGGUUUUGAUAACAACACUUCAGCAACUCUCCUCAGUCUUUUUGCUGUUGGAUGUGCACUAGGAUCGUUCAUAGGAGGAUCAAUAGCUGAUCGAUUGUCACAAACCUAUCCAUAUUCAGGUCGAAUCAUGUGUGCGCAAUUCAGCGCAUUUAUGGGCAUUCCGUUCUCAUGGUUUCUUCUAAGGAUGAUACCUCAAUCAGUGACUAGUUUUCUUACAUUUUCGGUCACGCUCUUUUUUAUGGGACUAACUAUAAGCUGGAAUGCUACGGCUGCAAAUGGACCUAUGUUUGCCGAGGUAGUUCCGGUAAAACACAGGACAAUGAUUUAUGCAUUUGAUAGAGCUUUUGAAGGCUCAUUCUCUUCUGUUGCAGCUCCUUUGGUUGGCAUUCUUGCAGAGAAAAUGUUUGGCUACGAUUCGAAAUCUGUUGAUCCCAUCAAAGGAUCUUCACCCGAGGCUCUUGCCUUGUCAAAGGGACUUCUUUCAAUGAUGGCAGUUCCUUUUGGAUUGUGUUGCUUGUGCUACACGCCGCUGUAUUUUAUAUUUAAGAAGGACCGCGAAAAUGCAAGAAUGCAAGCCAUCAAAGAAGAGGAGAUGAUGUGAGACGCUAACUAGGAAUGGCAGUUCGCACGAAUGGAAAUCUUGCUUAUGACUUGGCUGGCACUCAUAUAGAGUUCAAAUCACGGCAGUAAACAUGGUUUCCAUCACGAGGUGAGGCUGAUAAAUGAACUUGUUCUGAGGAACUAUUUCACAGGGAAAAUUACACUCGCCUCCCAAGUUUUAGAUUGACAUUUGACACUGACUUUCUUUAUUUUUGCAUUUGAGUAACACACUCUUCUCUUGUACAUACUCUCACGUUAUGCUCAGCUUUGUAUUAUGGCAUGGUUUGUAUCAAGAUAAGAGUACCCAAAUUUGACCUGUUGAAUGUUGCCUUUUAUUUGGCUUCUACGUGACGAUGUACAUAUCACCUGAAUUAAUUUGGUAUUUUGUCUGUUGCAUUUUAAAGCAAGUUGACUUGGUUAAAUA